UUACAAAUUACAAUACACCUUGGCCAACUGCAAGCUAGCUACAACGAAGCGACCUAUUAGGACAUUGCAAAUGAUAAGAUUCAUUCAUAAACUAGAGGAAAAGGAAGAGGAGAAUGAGAUCAUUGGUGGAAAAUGAGAAAAUCAUAAAUAUGAAGGAAGAUGAGAAAGUGACAUCAUGGAUUUUUCAACCCAACUCAAAUCUUAUACAAUCUCAAUUACAAAAAAGUAUAACGAAUGGAGAAAAAAAGAAAAUUUUAUAGACAUAAAACUUUAGUUGCCUCCAGUAACAACCACAAGUUCUUCUCCAAUUUGGGGAUCACACUCCUUUUACCCUAAGAACAACUUCCAAAUGUACAGAUGACACAGUCUUCAUGUCUUCUCGCUUUUUCUUAUUACCAAAGUCACUUUGCGUGACUUGACAUAUAAAUAUAACAUAGUUGCAGCUCAUUUUCCGUUCAUCAAACUUCAUCAAUCCUUCUUCUUUGGUGCUAACUGGCUUAAAAUCAAGCAUUCUUAUAAUGGUUGUCAUAACUAUCUAUCUUCUUGUCAACUUUCUCUCUUUCCUCAGUUAUGUUACGACACAUAAAAACCCUCAUCCCCAAUACCACACUUACAUUAUCCAGCUAGAGCACGAUCUCCAAAAGCCCUCCCCUUCCCCAACUCACGAAUCAUGGCACGUAUCCCUUCUCCAAUCAUUAGUCAACCCCAUCUCUAAUGACCAGUUGUUCCUCUACAGCUACGCCCAUGUCAUGCAAGGGCUUCGUUGUAGGCCGACAGAAUCUCAACUUUAUGAGAUUGCGACACAGCACAACCUACGUUGCCACAUAUUCAGAGAUCUUUGGGAAUCUUCUUGCCAUUCGCACUACGAAUUUCCUUGGGUUGCGUUAUGACUCGGGAUUGUGGCCGAAUUUCUCGUAUGACGCAGGCAUCAUCAUAGAAGUUUUCAACUCGGGGGAUCUGGCUGUUCAGUGACAGCUUCCAUGACAAUGGCAUGCCAGCUAUUUCAAAGAGUUGGAAGGGGCAAUGUGAAGGGACAUACGAUUUUACAUAUUUGUUGCAGACUAACAUUAUUGUAUAGGAGGCUAAUUGUUCGCUAUUGCCAUAUGUAUGACGCAUAAGACUAAGAGGGAAAUCAAGUGGAGAAGGGUGAAGCUUGAUGCAAGGAAUGAACAGAGUGUUCUCAAUUUAUAAGCGAAGUGGAAAUAAUAAAUAAUAUGGCAAGUAGAAAAUGUGGAAAUUCCAAGGUGGUUAGAGUAGUUGGGUGGCGAAAGAAGUGUGACAGAGAUAGUAGUUGGUAAAUAGAAACAGUAUGGUCAGCGGGUGGGUUGUAUUGUAUCAUAAAUUUCUUUUAAAGAUUAUUUAGUACUUUUUAUUUGCAUACGAAAAAAAAAAAUUUAGUACUUUUAAGGGUCCCUAUUGCAAAUGGAGUGACCGAAAGAAAACCCUUGAAAUGGGUUCAUCAUUGGACCCCAAAAAUCUUUUUUUAGUGAUAUAGGCCUACGUUUCACCACCUAUAGGCCUACUUCGGGUUGUAGCAACCCGAUCCCAGUGGAACUGAGUGAUUAAACAAACACACUGUAUUGGGUGAAAAUUUCAACAUUGUGAGCCACUAGCCUACUAUAUCAUAGACAUUGAUUCAUAUCCACCACUUAAUCAAAUAGAUUGUCCAAUUAUUCUUAGCUAACCCCUUAUUGAUAACCAAGUCCUUUAUUAUAAUUAGAUUUAUCAUGCAUGAAGUGUCGUAUAAUUUUUAACCAACAAGGCAUUGGUGGUGGUAUGGGAAAGAGAAUACUCAUAUUGCGAGAUUGCGUGCUCGAGGAAACUGUGACACUGCAUCUAGAAGUUGUUGUGCAAGCCUGCAUCAGUCAUCAAGUCACGUCAGUUGCCAGGAGAAGACCAUACCCAUCCUAGAAGAACAUAUGAGUUAGAAAAGAAGGGCCUUGAUCCAACCCAAAGCGAGCUCUAUGGAGCUUAAAAUGGGUAGCAUUAGACCCAAAACCUAGCCUUAGCCCAAUCAAUCUGAUCCCAAAAACUUCCCCUUCUCAUUCAAACCCCAGCCCAACUUCUCCUCCUCCCUUCCUUGGCCCGAAGCCCAAUUAUGGCACGGACCAAAAUCGUAUUAAGCUUAUGUACAAUAUAUAAAGCAGAUUCAUUGGUUGGAAUUGCCCCAUUUUGAAUUUGCUAGCCUGGGAUUGAUUUUCGGAAGGGUGAUUAGGUCAUUUCCCCUGACUUUCAUUAAGUAUCGCACUGCAUUUUGAUCUUGGAACAUAAUUGAUUUUGAGACAAUAACAACAGGCCCUAUCCCAAAGUCCACCAAACCAUUUGGCCUAAACUCCUCCUUCUUUCUCUGUCGACGGCGACCCAUACACCCCCUCUGUCGACAUCGAUCUGGUCAGCUCCGCACAAAACAUACCCUCAGUUCUAUGUUCCUCGCCGGCGGUGGAUAACGACUACACUGGGAAGGAGCUCAGGUCUCCGUCUUCAGGUGCGUCCUCCUACUCUUCAUCCCUUAUUUUCCCCCCUUCGAGCAAUUGAACAAUCUGAAGCUAUGGCUUACGAGAUUUAUAGUUUGUGAUAAUUGAAAAUCUAAGGUAUACUAAUUGAUUGAUAUUGCUUUACAUUAUCAUUGUCAAUGAUCAUAAAGCACAAGACUGAUUUUGAACAUCUUCGACACUUGUGACAUAGUGCACCUGUGAUUUAGUCAAGCAAACGUUAGUAAAGAAAAAUAUUAGUUCAAGCAAACCAACAUUCACACCCCAACACCAAACUUUUAAUAACAAUAAAUCAUCGAUAACAAAAAAAAAGUAUUUCGUUGAAAAUAAACACAAAACAUCAAUAUACCCAUAUAAUAAUGUCCGACUUCAACAUUAAAAAAUGACAUCAAGCUUUAGUAAUAAUGAUAUAAUAACAAAUGAGCAAGUCACUAACAAGAAAUAGAAUUUUAUUAAAAAA